UGACCAAACCAUAGACGUUUCUGGAAGGGAGCGAAGUCAAGCCCUAGUUUUAAAGCAAAGAAGCCCCCGACUGGCCAGAUCUUUCUAGCUCUUCUGUUGAUCUCCAAUUAAGAUCUGUUUCGUUGGUCUGGAACAUUCUGAGUUUGGGCAUUUGAGCUAGGUCUUCCGUUUCAAGAUUGUGCCAGUUCAUAUAAGAUGUACAUUCAAUCAUCAUCAUACCAACAUGCAGGAAUUGAGCUGGUUUUUAUAUAUAAAUGGACUGCAAGAAGUUCAUCCAGUUGGUUGAGGAGAAAAAGAAGAGAGCUUUGGAGAGGAAAGAGGCCCCUCUAAAAUGGGAGCAGAAGCUAGAAGCUGCUGCAAAGGCGAAGGCUGAUGCUGAAGCCAAGGAAAAGAAGUCAAAGACUGCAAAGCAUAAAAGAUCUGUGUCUGAUUCUGAUACUGACAGUGAUAGUGAUAGCAGUGAUGAGGGUAGAAGGAGAAGAAGAAGAGACCACAGGAAGCACAGAAAGCAUGCCCACUCUGAUUCAGGUGACAAUGAGAAGAGGAGGGAGAAGAAAUCGAAAAGAAAGCCAAAGCGACGAUCCUCAAGCUCAAGUGAUGAUAGCAGCGAUGAAUAUGAGAGUGGAUCUAAAGAAGAGAGGAGGAGAAAACGAAGCCAUAGAAGACACAGGCAUAAUGAUUCAAGGUCAGAUUCUGAGAGUGAAUCUGAAGAAGAGAGGAGAAAGAAGCAAAACCAUAGAAGACACAGACAUAAUGAUUCGAGUUCAGAUUCUGAUGCUUCUGAUUCUUCUAGUGAGGAUGGUAGAAUCCGAAGGAGAAGUCGUCCAAGGCAACACAAACGGCAUCACAGAUCUGAGUCUAGUGCUACAGAUUCUUUGGCAGAUGAGGACACUCGCUCGGUGAGAAGGAGAAAUCAUACAAAACAUCAUAAGCGUCACCGACGGUCACACAGUGUGGACUCCAAAUCAUCUGAUUCUGAUGGCAACAAGCAUGACUGCAGAAGCAGAUCCCUAGGGAGGUCAUCAGAUGAUAACAAUGGAGAAGCAGAUAAACAAACAAGACACAGAAGCAGCCAGCAUCAUCACCACCACCAUCACAAACACCGUCACAGUCACUUAGAUGAGGGUAACCAUCACCAUCACCAUCACUCAGAUACCGACAAAAGUCCACAUAACAACUCAGAUGACAAGAAAAUUCAGUUGCUCUCCAAUUCUGCAGAAUCCAAUGGAAAGCACCAAACAGAACACACGUACAAAAGCAGUAAUAAUGGUGCUUCUGAAUGUUAAACCAUGUAGGGAUAUUCAUUGUCAUGGCUCAUCAUGUUACUGGAUUGUUACCUUUUCCUUUGUUUGUAUCGUAAAACAUUGAUUUGGACAAAGUAUUUAUAUGAUUGUUACUGCAACUUGUGGAGGCCUGAUGCCAUUUAUUAUCUAGAUUAAAUUUUUAGCAUUUACUCUUAGUAGGGUUCAUAAAUUCUGAACAGUUUGUGCUUCCUGUGAUGAUCCAAAAUGAAAUCAUCUCAUAUUUGUUUAUCUUAUUGAA